AAUCUGACUCCGAGUGCACUCAGUGCUGUAGUCUGAGCUAUUAGAGGGCUGCCUCCCGUGCACUCUAUCCAAGGAAGGAAUGAGUGACAGACCAGCAUCAAGGCGUUGGGGUAAGUGUGGACCUCUGUGUAAACGUGAGAGCAUCAUGGUGGCAUUCAAAGGAGUAUGGACUCAGCCUUUCUGGAAAGCUGUGGCUGCUGAGUUUUUGGCCAUGCUUAUUUUUGUUCUCCUCAGCUUGGGUUCUACCAUCAACUGGGGUGGAACAGAGAAGCCUUUACCAGUAGACCUGGUCCUUAUCUCCCUCUGUUUCGGACUCAGCAUUGCAACUAUGGUCCAGUGCUUUGGACAUAUUAGUGGAGGCCAUAUCAAUCCUGCUGUGACUGUGGCUAUGGUGUGCACGAGGAAGAUCAGCCUUGCUAAAUCUGUCUUCUACAUUGCUGCUCAGUGCCUAGGUGCUAUCAUCGGGGCAGGGAUCCUCUACCUUGUCACACCUCCCAGUGUGGUGGGAGGCUUAGGAGUUACCACGGUCCAUGGAAAUCUUACAGCUGGUCAUGGGCUCCUGGUGGAGUUGAUAAUCACAUUUCAGUUGGUGUUUACUAUCUUUGCCAGCUGUGAUUCAAAACGAACUGAUGUCACUGGUUCAAUAGCUUUAGCAAUUGGAAUUUCCGUGGCAAUUGGACAUUUAUUUGCUAUCAAUUACACUGGUGCCAGCAUGAACCCUGCCCGAUCUUUUGGACCUGCUGUUAUCAUGGGAAACUGGGAAAACCACUGGAUCUACUGGGUAGGACCAAUCAUUGGUGCUGUCCUUGCUGGUGGCCUUUACGAGUAUGUCUUCUGUCCUGAUGUAGAACUUAAACGCCGGUUUAAGGAGGCCUUCAGCAAGACUUCUCAGCAAACUAAAGGGACCUACAUGGAGGUGGAUGACAACAGGAGUCAGGUAGAAACCGACGAUUUGAUCCUGAAACCUGGAUUAGUGCACACAAUUGACAUUGAGCGGGGGGAUGAAAAGAAGGGGAAAGAUCCAUCCAGUGAAGUGUUGUCUUCAGUAUGACUAUCGAGUGGCACUGAAAGCAGAGAAGACCCCUCAGAUUUCCUUCCACCCAUUAAAGAAACAGAUUUGUUAUAAAUCAGGCACACGCAGGUCUUCUAAUUUUCGAGGGAGGAAGCAAUUUCUUGGCUCCUUUAUGUCAGAGGCCUCAGUCUCUAAAUGUUAAAUCCCUCCUUCUCUCUGCCAAGAUAGGAAGGAGACCUGCAGUGGAUUCCAAAUUCUAAAGGGUAUGCCUAGGCAUACUCCCAAACUGAAUAUACAUAAAUGUUUAUUUCUUUCCUCAUUUAUUAGCAGUCAAUACUGAACUGAAAGUAUAGAUGUUUAAAGUGCAGAUUGACAGUUGAGACUUGCCUGGGAAGUGCCUAUGGACAUAUAUUUAUCAGAUUGGUCUUCUGACACAUGAUGGGCUGUUGUCAGCCCCAAUUAGGCCAUUUUACUAUAUUGAACAUUCUUUGCAGAUUCAUCAAUAGUAAUGUACAAUAAGGCGCAGACUCAAACUCAAGGGAGGAAUUACUUAUGUUCCCCUACCCCCACCACAUCCAUAUCACCAGGCAAUAACUUUAAAAAAAACUGUACCCCUGCAAAAUAAUAUUUAACAGGGGUUUAAAAAAGUAGAUGAGUCAUUGCAAAUGGUUCUUAUUAAAUUGAUAUUACAUGUAUCUAUCUUUUACAAUGCAAAUGUCACCUCCUUUUGAAAUAAAGAUCCAUCUGAAAAAUCUAAGGUUGAGACAUUCUCAAAUACUAUACACAUAUGUUGAUUUCUAUGUCCACCUGACCAAACAUCUAAAUCUUGAGGUUCACCUAUUGAAAUUCAGUCCCACCAUGAGUCCCAGGCUCCUAUGGGAAUCAGUAUGUUCCCAUAUUACAACCUAAUAAUAUAAGAUCAAGGAAAUGUGGAUUCUGGUAUCAAAGGAAACAAAGGUUAAUCUGUUUUCAGUGCACUUACUUAAAUAAACUGUGGUGUGUUCAUUUAUGUCAUCUCAACUUUAACCACACUUAUCUUUUUAAUUUAUUGGAAAAUCUGGGGUUUUUGUUUGUUUGUUUGUCAUUAACUUUGGUUAACUAUAUUUAACCAUUAGAUAAGAGAUAUUUUUGAUAACAGAAAUAUUAUAUUAAUAAUUCUAUUAUCGAUAGAUAAACUCUGCUUACCUAAGCCAUGUCCAUGGUAAAAACACUAAUUGGUCCAGACUUGUCUUGUUAAAGAGUCCUACUCAGUCUCAUUGAUAAGAAAGUCCCUCUCAUUUCUCAUUCAAUCAAUGAAUAAUAACCAUUACAAGUGUGAUAUCUUAUGGCAAAGGGAAAUUGAGAAAGAAGAGGCUUCAGGAAGAAAAUAGGACCAGAUGAAAAGGAAAACAUCUGAAUGUUCGGCAUGCAAUGAUGAUUACAUGACCGACCUUUCAUUUGUGGAUAACCCAACACAAGUAAAUUUAAUGGAUUUUCAUUACAGACUCAUUUCUUUGUUAUAAGGGUGCAUUUAAAUGGCUUCUAUUCAUUUUUGCUUUUGCCUUAUGUCAGUACCGAGUUCUCUGGAAACCCCAGUUCAUAUAGUUUUAACUGUUUAGGCUUUAGUCUAAAACAAAGAACCACAAGUGUCAAUUUCACUGAACAAAACCCAGUAGAAGUGAAGCAAAAACCCAUCACUGCAAGGGGCAGCUUGUAAAUAACUGAUAACCAAGAGCUCCCCUCUCCCAAGCACAGCUCCAACUGAGAAAUACUUUUUAGCGUUAAUGGCAGCUGUGUGUCUGUGGCAGUGAGAUAAUGGACCAUUAUUAAACCUGAUUCUCUUCGGUGCUAGGAAAGCCGCAAGGCUGCCUGAGAAAGGUAAUGCCAAUGCAGCCAGCUGGGUAGUGCCAUUGGCAUUUGGUGAUGGGCCCUGCCUAGGUUCUAGGCACCAUCCUUGGGACAAGCACCAAGGGUAGAGCUCUACUUGGCCAAUAAUUCACUUCUUCAGCUCCAAGUUUCUUGCUUGGUCCUGGUUUCUAUAGAGUCAAGUGUGAAAGUCACCUGAGGGCUAUGUUUGGCUGCUAUGCCAAAUGCCUGAAUACUACACAGUCAAAGAGGCUUAACAUCAGUGGUUGUGUUUUCCUAGUAUAGGCCCAGCUAUGAAUUAUCAGUAGAUAAGCCGGUUCAGUGAUAAACUAGGUUAACCAGCAAGCGUUAACAGAUUCCCUCCCCACUUUCAUCAUUAAAAAAAAAACCUACUUUAUAUCAUAAUGACUUUCCUGAUGGCAAUCACUUUUAGCAACAUUCUUCUACAUUAUAUUUGUAUACACUCUUUUGUCUGCAUAAAAGAUACAACCAUGGCUACUUCAUUCGUCAAAUCAGAGAAGAAGAAAAGUGGUACAUGAUUUUGGUUUUCAAAACACUUCAUUUGAGGUUUGGAAACAAAAAUAAUUUUGUUUUAAUAGAUGUGUUUUGCUUAAUAUUUCAUAAAGGCAUGCUUUUAAGGGACUUUUUAAGGGAAAAUAUUACAAAUGUAAGAACUAUAAAAAUGUCUUUCUUAAAUUCUAGUAUUUUAGAGGCAUGAAGCAAAUGAAUACAUAAGUUGUGAGUUGGGAUAUAAUUUUUUUGCGUAUGAGGUAACAUAUUUUGUAUUUCACUCAAGGCUCUGCCAGUAAAAAGUAAUGAAAUUGUACCUUUCUAAUGACAUCUCUGCAGCAGGGGUCUAUUGCCUUGUGGAUGACACCAAAUUAUCCAUGUGUGUUAGGAGACUGAGGCUUUUUCCUUUAAUCUCUUUUUAUUAAUGAAGUGCAUAGUGCCUGUCCCAGGAGAGCACUACCGACUGAUAUACAGAAGAGAGAUCAGAGAGGAAAAAACUAGUAAAAACACAAAGGAAUUAUGCCUGACCAUAAAAAUGAUCCUCACCUUUCUCUUUAAGGAUAUACAACAGAAAAGUACAGAAUUGUAGGCACAAAGACAGCCCAGGCAUCCCUGAAUAGUAAAAUAACCCUCUCUACUGAAGAUCUGUUUAUUUUGUCAAAAGUUACAAAAAGCAAAGGUUUGGAGGUGGGGGAUGGGAAGGAGAACACAUCUAACAUGCCUGAUAUCAAAGAAGUAUUCAGACAGUCCUCACUAAGCCUUUACACUAAAAGGAAGUGUUGACUGGUAGUUAAAUAAUAGACUACCAAAAAUCAAUAUUUCUAUGAUUUGUAUCACUGCUGUCACUUUGCUCUGUAACUCUCAGCAAAUCACUUUAUCUCCUUUCAGUAUGGGUUGCAUAGAUAGGUUCCAAGGCUACCAUAUGCAGAAUUUCAACAGAGAUUUGAAAUAUUGGGAUAGAAUGUAGAAUAAAAGUGAGUUAUUUAGGUUCAUAAGAUUUUAAAUUUGGAAGGGACCUUAGAGAUCAUAUUGUCAGUUCCCUCAUUUUUCAGAAAGUAAGGCCCGAGAUCACACAGUUUUGUUUUGUUUUGUUUUGCUUUGCUUUUUAAUAUAAAAGCCAGGAUUCACACCCAGGUCUUCUGGCUCCAAACCCAGCAUUCCUUCCUCUGCUCCAUACUGAUCUUCAUUUGUUUGGAGCUUAAUCUCACCUCAAAAACUAGGGAGCGUUUCAGUACAGGCACACAAUCAUAGCAUUCUUUUCAAGCUGUGAAAACUGGCAAAAUGUCAUUGGUAAAUUGCCUGAAAAUCCAAAAAUGGAGUUUUCCAUUCAAAAGCUAAAAUAAACUUUACAUACUCCCUUUUCUUGCCAUAACAGAUCACAGUUUGAUCUCCACAGACCAUAAUCCAAUCAAUAUAAAAGCCAAUGAAAAUUAUUAUGUAUGGUAUUUCACAAUACAUAUAUCCAAAACAUUUCACUAGAAAGUAAUUAUGUCUUUCCUAACUAGUUUGGUGAUGAGAAGAUUAUUAGAAAGACACAGUUGUCUUUGGAAAAAGAUUAUAAAAUUAAUUUAACUCACUUCAUCUCAAAUACAUCUUCUAGCACUUAUAUUUUCAUAUAUUAUGUACACAUAACUUUAGUCAAUGUUUGUGGCAAUUCAUUCUAUAACUUGACUAUUAAAGACAUGUCUAGUGUCUUAAAGAGAAGGAUCUCUUUAAGUAAAGAAAAAAAUUAAAAUGGUUUGUAGCUUUCUUUUCCGGGUAAAGUGAUAGGAAAGCCCAAUGGGUCCAGGCCCUGCUAAGGAAAACCCAUCAUAGAUUAGAAGGGUUGUAGGUAUAUGAUAGAUAUAUGAGAUUUUGUGAGGCUCCAUCCCACUUAAUAGCUAAGCUCCAUCCCUUUAGUUCCUAAAAUAAAAUAGAUGAGAGUAGGAAUUGCUUGUUAACUGCCCAGACCUUGUGUUUAUAGGGUAGGAAACAGAUCAACAUGAGAAAGGAGCUUGGCAGAAUGGACAGUACAAAUGCCAUCUCUCUUGCCAUUCUCACUCAGCUCUGAACAACCAUUUUUCCAUCACAAUCACUGAGCUUAAAAAUGAACAACCUAGGGGCAGCUAGGUGGCGCAGUGAGUAGAGCACCGGCCCUAGAGUCAGGAGGACCUGAGUUCAAAUUCAGCCUCAGACACUUAACACAUGUAUUAGCCGUGUGACCUUGGGCAAGUCACUUAACCCCAAUUGCCCUGCCAAAAAAAAACAAAAACAAAAAAUCAGAAAAAAAUGAACAACCUACCACACCCAUCCAACAGAAUACUAGGAGGGCCAACAGAGACCAUUUUCACUAUGUCCCUAACUUCAACCACCUUGGUCAAUAAUCUGUACCUACUGGUUUAUUGCUGUAAAUACUCAUUAUCAAUACUGACAACAGUAACAACUGCUAUAUUAGUAGCCAAGUGUCCAUUGGAUUUGACUUACUAUUAUCCAGUGUUCCUCUUUUUCUUUUGGACAACCUUUCCUUCUCAGAGGAGGUAUGCGCUACCUAUCAGUUGAUAAAAAUGGAAUUGCUUUUUGAAACCCAUAUUUCUUUGAAAUAAAUGACAGAAAUUUUGUGCUAGAUCAAAACUUAGCAGCUCUACUUUGCUAAUGUCUGGGGCUUUUGAAGAAAAUACAUCAAACAUUAUAAACUAUGCAGUAUUGGUAGUGUACAUCAAAUUUAAGCAAAGUUAGAGUAUUCGUCUUUCAUUGUAAAUGUGUGUCAAGUCAAAAGGAUGAGAAUAUACCUAAUUUGUGUAACCCACCAUGAUAUGUGUUUAGAAGCUUUUCUGGAUUAAUUAAAUAGGCAAGCAAUGCAUGAAAAUGUAUAAACAAGUAUUUAUCACUUUUAUGACCCAAGUCAGAACGAAAUUGUAAUUCAUGAUAAACUAAGGAAAAUAAACUGAACAUAUGGCUAUAUUCACAGUUAUUUAUUAACUGAAAUGUUAGUUGUUACUAUAAUAUUAGAACUAAUGUCACAGGGCUUUAAACUACAAUGCAUUGCAUUUGGAAUAAUAUAUUAAAAUAUGAUCAAAUUGGUUGAUUUCCAUUAGUUAUACUGUAUCUCAUAACAUUACACUUUUGCAAAUAAACUGUUGUGUGCUUAAAAAAAAUAA